AUGUCUGGUAGAGGAAAAGGCGGAAAAGGAUUAGGAAAGGGAGGCGCUAAGCGUCACAGAAAGAUCUUAAGAGAUAACAUUCAAGGUAUCACCAAGCCAGCUAUUAGAAGAUUGGCUAGAAGAGGUGGUGUUAAGCGUAUUUCUGCUUUGAUUUAUGAAGAAGUUAGAGGAGUUCUUAAGACUUUCUUGGAAAACGUCAUCAGAGAUGCUGUUACUUACACUGAACACGCCAAGAGAAAGACUGUUACUUCUUUGGAUGUUGUUUACGCUUUGAAGAGACAAGGUAGAACCUUGUACGGUUUCGGUGGUUAG